GUUUUUUACUAGCCUGGCUGACAAAAAAAGGAAGAAUUUGGGAGCGCUUCCAACUAACAUCGCAGCAACCAAGCUCACGAAGAAGAUGUCUUCCUACUCCGUGUCUACAGGGAGCUUCGGGAGGAGUGCUUUUUUGACUGAGACAUCAACUCUCUCUCAACGGCUGCUGAAAGAACAACAGCGGCAGCAAGUACCACCGCAUACAAAAUCGCUGCAGGAACCACCAUCGCACCGAAGGCCGCUGCAGCAAGCAGCAAUAACGCAGCGUAAGCCUCUACAGCAGCUACAGCAGCAGCAACCGAAACUGCAGCAACAACCAUCGCAGCAGCAUCAGCGGAAACCACUACCGCAGAAGAAACCGCAGCAGCAGCAGCAACCGCUUCAGCGGAAAAUGCUGCAUCCUCAGCAACCACCAGCGUAUCGAAACACGCAGCAGAAGGAGCUGGUACCACCAGCACCACGAGCACAACGCAAUGAUGUGCUCAAUGAACCACCACGGGAGACAUUGGACUCCAUCAACAGAAGACUGACAGCCCUCGAAGGAACGCAACGCGGGAUCGGAGAGACGCUGAAGCAGUUUAAGGAUGUGACAAGUUCAUCCGAUGAGAGACUGAAGAAAAUGGAACAAAAGCUGACAGCGAUUUAUAACAUCCUGAAAAACUUGGCAGCCGCGCAAUCUGCUGCAACGAGAACUCGUCCAGAAUUUUUGCCAUUUAAAACAACGGCUGACAUUGUUGCCUUCGAUCAUCUCGCUGAUGAUCAGUUUGAUGCUCUCGUCCAUUACUUGAGAUACCUUGGAGGUGCGAAUGAAACUGACGCUGCAGCGAUUUAUUUCAAAGCCUGCUUCAAGUUUCACGAAGAUUUGUUCCGGAAUGUCACUUGGCAUGGAUCCAAGUCGGACAACAAUAUUUUGGCGUUAAAAGAUACGCGUUUCGCUUUAGCCUGCAGUGAGGCAAUGCCCAUCUUGAAGGAACUCCUCAGGAAGCCGAAGAAGGAUGAAUUUGCGACUGCGAUGACGAAAGCUUUGAAGAGCAGUAAGGAAGCUUAUCGUCGUCAUAGCAAGAGAGCUGCACCACCGGCCGAACAAUCGCUUCCUUUCAAGAGGCAACGCCAAAAUGAUCCACCGCAGAAUAACGCGGUAGGAAAUAUGGAGUACGAGUACGACCUCAAACCACUCCUUGGGGGCGAAGUACAUCAGCCCAUCGACAACCAGCUCAUGGACCAACAGCAGCCCAGCGAUGGAGACGAAGAGGUCGACGAAGACCAGUUCGACGAUACGCAGGUCAUCGAGGAAGAACAAGACGAAGAAGGAGAAGAAGCUGAAGAAUAUAAAGAAGAAGAAGCUGAAGAAAACGAAGACUUCAAGGAACAGGAAGAAGAAAAACUGGAUGAGCCGGAUACGUACUUCGACGACUACGGUUCAAAGUCGAUCAAUGAAAACCAGGAUGACCUUCAACCGUCGGACGAGGAUCUCUACCCGGAAUGAGCUAAGUCGCCCCUUUAUUUAUUGAUGUUCUUUUGUUCAUUUAAUCCAUGUACUUUCUUUGCAGCUUAAUAGAAAAAUAUAGAUCGGUUUUGCUUUUUGUUUCUUCAAUUAAUUUGUUUUUAUAAAUGAUCUAUAUUUUUUUAUCUGAACGCUCUCUUACAGUUUGUUUUCAUCAAUAAUUUUUGCUCGUUAUUACAUUUUUCUUUUGUAUUAGUUUUUUUAUUGUUCGUAGGUAGUGUUAAAAGUGUAAGAGAGCGUUGGAGGGGCUAUUGCAUUGGUUGAGCCUCACAGAAGGGAGCGGCGGUGGGGCUCCCUUCACCCCCCACCCCAAAAAAGAAAUUAAUUAAUUUUUUUGUCAAAGGUCACUCGAGCGAUGACAUGGUACAAAAACGAUAACGACGAACUCAACAACGCUUAUACUUGGGCAUCUCUUUUUACGAAUCAACAACAGCAGCACACAGAUGUAUUUGUGGAAAAGUAGCAGCUGUCAGUUGACUCACUCAAGGACUGCGCACUCAUCAUUCAACGAGGACUAGAAGCAUCAGCACCAGGUAACUGCACCAGGAGUUACAAGAAUAGGAGCAACGGGGCUGGGCGCAACAGAAGAAACUGUAUCAAAUACAAAUUAAUCUUUAUUUAUGGUUUAUUUUUAUAUACUUUUUAUUUUCUUUGUAUUUUGUAUUUAUAUUGUAUUACGAAUUUUUCAAAUUUAAUUUCUUUUUUUUUAAAUAAAAUAAUUUUAGAAAAAAUUAAAAUAAAUUCAUUUUUAUGCCCACAAAAUGCGCCCAUAAACCAACAGCA